AUGGUGAUCAAAUUGACUUUUGCCUGCUCGGAUUAUGACCGCAUGAAGGCGAUAGAAGACGGGCGAGUACGACCAGAAGGAAUCGACCUCACUUUUCUUAAUUACAGGGUGGAAGAAACUUUCUUCCGCCAAUUGCGAUUCAAAGAAUUUGAUGUCUCAGAGCUUUCCUUGUCUUCCUAUGUUUUGACUCUGAAUCAUGAGAAUCCACCAUUCAUCGCCAUACCUGUAUUCCCAAGCCGUUUCUUCCGACAUCAAUCAAUUUAUAUCAACACCAGAUCAGGCAUCAAGAAAGCUGAGGAUCUUAGAGGGAAGAAAAUUGGAAUACCAGAAUACCAAAUGACUGCUUCGGUCUGGCAGCGUGGUCUGAUGGAGGAAGAGUUUGGCGUUCCAAUCAGCACUGUCCAUUUUUACGUCGGUAAUAUUGAACCGUCACAGGAGCAGCGAAAGAGUAAGGUUGCCCACUCAGUACCGGCCAAUACUUCGAUAACGGCCAUCAAACCUGGCCAGAACCUAUCGCAGAUGUUAGAGGACGGUGAACUCGACGCCCUCUUCGCAGCGACAAAGCCAUCGUCAUUUAAUAGGUGCGAACAUGUUACCUAUCUAUUUCAAGAUUUCGAACAAGUCGAAGCGGGGUAUUUUCAGCGGACGAACAUUUUCCCGAUUAUGCACGUAGUGGCGUUGAAACGAGAGGUUUACGAGACGAAUCCUUGGGUCGCGAAAACCUUGCAGAAAGCCUUUGCCACGUCGUUAGAUAUUGCAUACGAGGCCAUACUUGAGCGUGGCGCAUUGCGCUAUAUUCUCCCCUGGCUAGAACACCAUGUUGAAAAAACAAAGACGCUUAUGGGUCAGGAGAGAUGGUGGCAAGACGGAUUCGUGGAGAACAGGCACGUUUUGGACAAGUUCUUGGAAUAUUCUUUCAACCAAGGGCUUGCAAAGCGACGUUUCACCCCUGAAGAGCUAUUUGCCCCAAAUACAUUGGAAUCGUUUGUUGUCUAG